GUUGUGUAUACAUAUGUUGUACUGGAUGGCUCAAGAGCAGAACCCGAUACCUUGAAGAAGAGUCGGUGAGCAGUGAGCAGGGUUGGCAAUGGAUCGCAUUGGCAUGGAGGAGCUUGCCGAUGAGUCGCGCUUGCUCGAUCAUGCUUCGUUGCACGCGCAUGAGCCUCGGACACCGAAGUCACGGCGAACGCCGUUGGUCGUGAGUUCUCUUGUUCUUGGAGCCGUGUGUUUGGCAGCGAUUCCCAAGUUCGCGCCCGGCAGCCCUUCAGUGUCUGACGCCUUGUUGAAGCACGCGUCUCGCUUGGAUGAGGUCCUCUCCAUUCUAGACGAGGAGAAAUGCGAUUUCUACAUUUUCACGCACGUUCCGAACCCAAAUAGUUUGGGGCUGGUGGGAUUUCAAUGAGUACCCGCUGGACGACUUGCUCUGAAGGAAAAGCGGGCAUUUUGGUCAUGUGGGUCAUGCCAGCAAAGGAGUGGGGAAUCAUGCUGGAGUACGUCCACCAGAUCACGACCACGAAGAACAUGACAGCUCCAUCAGAACUCGUUGAUCUGAAUGAGACCUGCCACGAGAAGAUGAUAAAGCACAAGUCCGACGGCUCUUUCCAGCGAGUCCGCAUGUUGUCCCCGCUGGAUUUCAUCGAGCCACUAUUGGCCAUCCGGUAUCGUCUCGGAACGACAAAGUUUCAGAAGUGGUUCGGGCACACAACGUACGAUGCGCCCAAGCUUGUAGGAUCGAUCAUGCGCAUCCGAGCCCUGGGAAACACGAUUCCUGUCUUCCGCUUCGACAUCGACAUCAUCUGCAGCAGGGUCACCAAAGAGGACAACAUGAAGUCGAUCAAGCACGCCGUCUCCCAGGGGGUCGACGACUUCCUGGCAGCGCUGGCAGACAUCCGCGUGAAAACCUUCGUGCUGAGCCAGCAAUACUACGGCGUGGAGUCGGCCAACACCAAGGACUUCAACGCGUGGAACGAGGCCUACUCCACGCGUUGCAACCCGGCUCUCCUCGCCACGCCGGCGCUUGUGAACGCGUCGCAGUGGAGCGAGCGCGACGGCAACGAGUGCUUCUGGGGCAGCUACACCCCCUCCCCGGAGGCGCUCCUGGAGGCGACGGACGAGCGGGUCAUGCUCGCCUUCUACGGCCUGGAGCCGAAGGACGGCGAGGACUUUCUGCAGCCGGUGCUUCCGAGCAGCGACCCCGAGGCGGACAUCUUGAAGUUGGGCAACACGUACAUCGGCGCCAACCCGGCCACAGCGAUCAUCUCCGGCGCCGCCCUGAGCACCGGGCCGGGCACCACCCUCGACGUGCCGCCGUGGGUCCACGCGGACCUGAACAUCAUGUGGAUCGACGAUCACAUCCUCGACAAGAGCACGCAGGAGAUCAUGGGCACCAAGAAGUUCCCCCGCCCGGAGGGCGUUGGGACUGCCAAGGUGAUCAAGGCCCGCGCGCAGCCGUCGAACCUUGCCAAGUACACACUCGAGAUCUACAUGCCCACCCUGCUGUAUGGCAUCCUCAUAGAUGUCUGGGUGAACAAUCAUACGGACGCUUACUUGCUGAAGUACCAUCCGGAAGAUCUGCCCAGUGACCUCGCCGACAAACUUGCCAGUCUGAAGCCCGAAGAUGGCAUCGCGCAAGGCACGGCCACGCGGGCAAUGCAGCAGGUCAGGCGCCAGGGCGUCAUGAUCCAGGGGCAGGAGUUGAAGGAUUUCAAGGCAGACAUGUGGAGCGACGCUCUCCAGCGCAUCAGGGACACGUACUACCAGUGGGUGAACAUGCUGGAGCCGGAGAUCGGCGGAACAGCAACUCCCAGCUUCGCGGCGCUCUGGAUCGCCGGACGUGUGUGCAAGCACCCUGGCUUGGAGAGGUAUUGCGAGUGCCCCACGUGCUCCAAGCUCGGCCAAGGCAUGAUCUCGCCUGAGUGGGACAAGAAAGCCAGGAAGGCCGCGGAGGAGCAGAAGCUGGCGGACCUGCUGGAGCUCACGGAGGAGGACCUCUUGCCAUGCAUGAAAGAGAAGGUGGAAGAGCUCAUCCAGACGGUGGCCACGCAGCUCGAGUGGAUCUUGACGUGGCUACACGUCAUCCAGGCCGUCCGAGGGGAGGAGGCUGGCCAUCUGGCUUCUGACCUCUCCUGGAACCCCAGCGAGCCGACCUACUCGCUCCCUCUCCCGCCCACCAUCUGACGCUCUGAGCCGCGGGCGUCCAAGGGCAUCUCCUGGAGAACGCUCGCGGGUCGCCCCGAUCUGUCGCAAAGUGCGCACGCCUCUUGCCUUCGGUCCAGACCGCAGCAACGCUCGAAGCUGUGCGUGUUCGGCAGGCGUCCUGCAUUCAGAGCGUGCUCCUGGAAUUUCGGUGAUUCAAAAAUAGGUCAAAGAUACUCUGGGGACGAUUUCUAAACUAUUUUUAUUUUUCCGUCCAAGAUCCGCCUGUAGGGGGAGCUCGACUUUAUUUGAUUCCGUGUGAUGCGCAGUCACGCAGUUUGAGUAUUGCUGAGUCCUGUGACGUAUUGUAGCGAUUUUCCUUGUCGUUCCUUUUCUCACUGAUUCUGCAGGGCCUUCUCGCAGACACCGACUUAGAUUAGUUUUGGCUCCUUGGCCCCGCCGAGCCGCCCGCAUCAUGCCCGCGGCCAGGGGAGCUCGCGCGUUUGAAUGGCGUUGCGGGACCUCCGCGGAGGUCUGGACCCCUCUCUGUUUGCCCCCUCCCUCCUCCCUCCUCCCUCCUCCCUCCCUCCUCCCUCCUCCCAUCCCUACCCUCAUACACAUCCCCAGGUACUUGUUGCCCCCUGGGGUGAGGCCCACCCCGUAGGCAUAGGCUGUUUUACCCUCUUUCCUUUUGGAACCUGCCUCGUCGGAGGCAGGCCAAACCAUGCUCCAUGCUCAUGUCUACUGCCUCUGCUUCACCAGCGUAAUCCCUGUUUGGCUGUCGCUGGCUUCGUGAUGCCCCGGGGAGUCGGGGGCCCUGCAAUUGACUGGGGCAUCCCACCCAGGACGUUUGGCGGUCGGCGCAUGCCCGCCUUGCAUUUCAUGAUUCGUCAGCGUCCUCCUCGUGGCUCUCCUCUGUUCGGCGGCGCGCAGAAGAACAAAAAAAACAACAAGAAA